AUGGCAGAAUUACAUAUUUUAGGUCAGUUACGCUGUGCUUAUAAUUUUAGUGAGUCUUAUUCAUUAUUCUGUCGUUAUUCAUUUCAAUCUGGUCCAAAUUGGACUCUUGUCGCUGGUUAUACAGAGGGUCAGACUGCCUCGGGUAAAGCUAAUCAUAAUAGAAUAGUUGAGUGGUCUCAUCCAUUUGAUUUACAUUAUGUCAGUAAAGGCAUUCAAGGGUGGCCAAAGUUGAUUUUGCAAGUUAGUUGUCUAGAUUCCAUAGGCCGCUCAUGGAUAGUCGGCUAUGGUUCUUGUAAUAUUCCUUCAAGUCCUGGUCACCAUACAGUCCAAAUAUCUUGCUGGGCACCAGCUGCGACUACAGUGACUGAUAAACUGCGACAGAUAUUUAUUGGUGGCUCACACGAAUUGACACAAACUGAUAUUAUCAAUUUAGGAAGUGACAGGUUUACAUUGAUAACCCUAUCAAAAGGAGAAGUAGAGUUAAAUGUUCACUUGGUGUUACGAAAUUUUAGUCAAUUUGGCGUAGAGUAUAAA